AUGCUUCACCAAGAAAAAAUUGGGGCUAAUUCGUUUCUCAGUACCUACUUUUAUCUAAUAUUCUUUGCUAGGGCAGGUAUGUCAUAUCUAUCUAUCUAUCUAUCUAUCUAUCUAUCUAUCUAUCUAUCUAUCUAUCUAUCUAUCUAUCUCAAUCUUUUCAUAUAUCUAUCUAUCUAUCUAUCUAUCUAUCUAUCUAUCUAUCUAUCUCAGUAUGUUCUAUUUAUCUAUCUCAAUAUGUUCAUAUCUAUUAUCUAUCUAUCAAUCUAUGAUCUAUAUCUAUCUAUCUCUAGUCUGUUAUCUAUCUAUCUAUCUAUCUAUCUCAGUCUGCAUCUAUCUAUCUAUCUAUCUAUCUAUCUAUAUCUAUCUAUAUCUAUCUUAAUUACCUUCUUUCUUUCUUUUCUUUUAUUUCCUUCCUUGCAUAUCUUUUUUUUUCUCUUCCUCUUUACUUUUAUUUUUUUCCUUCCUUCGUUUCUUCGCUCAUCCAUUCUUUCUUUUCUUCUUUCAUUUCUUUCAACCCGUCUUUCUUGCUUUCUUCUUUAG